AUGGACGUUCUUAAAUUUUCAUGGAUUAAACUAACUCAAACAAAAGCUUUGAAUCAACCAUGUGGAAAUUUAGAGAAAGUUUUCUUUGAAUCUUCGUACAGACUUACAUAUGUAAUGGGCCUUUCGACAUCUGAACAAAGUGCAUAUUAUUCAGUUUACAGCGGAAUCGUAAAGUCAAUAAUUGGUUUAUUUAUUUGUUGCGAAUUGUGGAACCUGUUCAGCGAGACCAGCAACUUAAAUAGCAUCAUAGACAAUAUCAACGUAACUCUUAUCCAUCUUAUUGCAGUCUUUCGAUACAAACAUAUGGUUUGGAAUGAAUCUUUCUUCAAAAAACUGGCGACAUCCACACAAUCACCGUAUUUUGAUAUUUCCACCAAAGAGAGAAAAGAAUUGAUGGUUUUGUGGGCUUCCAAAAAUGAAAAAUAUUUGAGAUUAUUGCUUACAUUGGGAUCUUGUACAUUAUCUGUGUGGUAUGUCUUCCCCCUCGUAGACGAUUUGCAAUAUAACCUGCCUAUAGAAAUACGCCUUCCCUUCGACUACCGCAACCCGAUGCUCUACCCCCUCACCUACAUCUUAGAGGUUGUCGCAAUUAAUUACGUCUCGUUCUUCGUAAUGACUAUUGACGUUAUUAUGCAAGCUCAUUUAAUACAGCUUAUUUGCCACUUUACGGUACUGGCCAAUUGCUUUGAGAAUAUUCUGGUUGAUUGUUCACCAAAAGGACUUCAGACAACGAAAUACGUUAUAUAUAAUAAUAAAUUCAAGACAAAAUAUUUAAAGAGAUUCGACAAACUUGUGGAUCAGCAUAAAUUUAUUUUAAAAAAAACAUUGGAAUUGAAGAAGAUAUUAAGUUUACCGAUGUUGGGUCAGCUGGCAUCCAGCGGGAUGCUUAUUUGCUUUGCUGGAUACCAAGUUACGUUAACUGUGAAAUUAAGCAUUGCAAAAUUUUUAACUAGCCUAUUGUAUUUGGCGUACAGCGUGUUUCAGCUAUUUAUAUUUUGCCGUUGGUGCGACGAAAUUAAGAUGCAGAGUGAAAACAUUACCAAUGCAGUGUACUCUUCAAGUUGGAACUGCGAGAUUGUACUGAUAUCUGGUGUACGGUCUCGCAUCCUACUCGUUAUGGCUCGGGCUCAGAAGCCGGUUUAUUUGUCUGCUGGAGGAUUUUGCGAUGUCUCUCUGGCCGCAUUCACUAUUUUGAUGAAAACUUCCUACAGCGCUCUUACCGUUUUGCUUCGCUUUCAAGAUUAA